AUGGUUUCCGAGCAAACUGGCGACAGUAAUCAGACAUUUUUCGAAGUCGAGGAAGAUCACGAACGACUGUGUGGCAAAGAGGGAAGACUACUGAAAGAAAAAACAGAUCGACUUGUGCAGUGCUUAUCCGAUGACGAUUGUCUUCCACCAUCCCAAUGUCAUAUAACCGGUUACUGUUGUUUAAUAGCCCUUCACCAAGAGCCACCACCAAUUGGCUGCCCAAUAGGGACACGAGCCUUAGUGAAUGCUUUCGGCAUAGAGCUGAAUUGCACACCAUCAAUUCCCGAUUCAUGUCCUGGUGGAGCGCUCUGCUAUACGGAUACGCUAACGAAUGCGAAGAGGUGUUGCGGUCGAGAUCCUGGUCACGGAUGUCCAAGUGGAUCACGAGCACUUUUGACUGCUGCGGAGAAACCGCUGCUAUGCACACCAGGAAAAGCGGACGAUUUGUGCCCUAGUGGUGCUCUAUGCCAAUGGAGUUAUUUGAUCGAUAGGUAUCAAUGUUGCGAACCUGACAAUGGUUGUCCACGUCAUCAGACACCUCAAAGAACGGCCUAUGGUCUACCACUACCUUGCAGUCAAGGAGGGCCACCAUGUCCUGAUGGUGGCAGUUGUCAUUUCAACUUCUGGACAGCGUCGUAUCAAUGCUGCCGACUCGACUUCACAGACUUUAAACCUCCUUUUCGUAAUCAUCUGAAGUACACUUCUUUCCAACUUGACAAGAUAUUGAUCGAUUCAUUAGAACGACUAGCGAGCAUUUACAUCUCGUAUUAA